AGACCCUCCCUAUUAAUCUUUACCUUGUGAAUCACCAUUCCGCAAAUCCCGCACUACCCUCGUCGAGGAGGACACCCCACCCCAACCCCCAACGCAAGAUCACAGCAAACCCAAGCAAUUGCUAUCUCAUCCCACCAUCGCAUAACCGAUGGAUUCCAAAGCUGAACUCCAAUUUGAGUACCUCCCUUUCAUCCGCACCUACAAGAGCGGCCUCGUCGAGCGCCUCUGCGGCACCGAAAUCCUCCCCGCCACCACAUGUGGGCUUGGAGACGAGGGACGCCGGAGUGAGGGCUGGGAUAGAGGGGCUGUGGCAACUGGUGUGCGCUGGGAGGAUGGGGAUGGACGACGAGUGCGCGAACCCGAUGGCGGAUGGGGUGGCGGGGAUGGCGGGGGUGGCGUGCGAGCGGGUGUUGGUGUGCGUGGCGGAGAUGGACGUGCUAAGGGAGAGGGGCAAGGCUUACUGCGAAGGUCUGACGAAGAGUGGGUGGGGAGGAGAAGUGGAUCUGCUGGAGUCGGUGGGGGAGGAGCAUGUGUUCUAUAUGUUCAGGCCUGAGUGCAAGAAGGCUUUGGAGUUGAUGGAGCGUCUGGUAGCUUUCUUCAGC